GAGAGGCUGAGCUGUAAUGUGAGGAGCACAAAGUUCACGUAACAGAGACACAGUGUGAUAGCUAGCUAGAGACUCUCUGCACUGUGAUUGGUGGAUAGAAAGACACCUUGCGCUUUGAUUGGGGAAUAGAAAGACAUUUUGCACUGUAAUUGGUGGAAGGAGCUGAGACAGACUUCAGCCUGCUGAUUCCUCUACAAUGCUUCAGGACCUCUCCCUCUUCCUCGGUACCAGUCUAGGGAUCCAGUGGAUCCUCUGGGCGGUCGCAGCGAUACUCCAGACGGAGAAGUUCUAUGACUUAGCAGGAAGUGGAACUUUUAUUCUUUUGUCACAUCUCAGCCUGCGAUGGUCAGGGACAAGUUAUUUACGCCAGAAGAUUCAGACUGGGUUAAUCACAGUAUGGGGAAUACGCCUCGGGACAUUUUUGUUUCUAAGAAUCCUCAGAGAUGGUCAUGAUAGGAGAUUCAAUAAAGUACGAGAUAAUCCAGGAACAUUUCUGGUUUACUGGACACUACAAGGUAUCUGGAUAUUUGUCACAUUGCUUCCAUCUUUAAUGUUAAACCUUGAGAAAAGAAACAAGCCUCUGGGAUUGGUUGACUAUUGUGGUUGGAUCUUGUGGGCAGUUGGUUUCCUGGUUCAGGCCAUUGCUGACCAACAGAAAUGGAGUUUUAAGAGCGACCCUGACAAUACUGGAAAAUUUAUUCAGAGUGGUCUCUGGGCAUACAGUCGUCACCCAAACUACCUUGGAGAGAUCUUACAGUGGAGUGGCCUCUUCCUAGCUUCUUCUUCAGUGCUGAGGGGUUACCAGUACCUGAGCAUCAUAUCCCCAAUAUUUGUGUGGUUCCUGCUCAAUUAUGUCAGUGGUAUUCCCAUUCUAGAAAAACAAGGUCUGAAAAAAUGGGGAGAAGACCCAGCAUAUAAGAGCUACAUCCAGCAAACACCUGUGCUCUGGCCAUUUAAACUCUGAGCCUCUGCAAUAUAUACCGUAAUGUACCUGUAUAGACAUUUUAUAGACAUUUUAUACAUCUGCUUUGUGUUAGAGGUACUUUUUAUAUGACCUCUGCUAUCUACACAUACCGCCCUUUGGUUACAUAACCUGACUACAAGAAAUUUUAUUAUAAUUUGUUGUUAUUUCGUAAAAAAAAAAAA